GCAUCAGGGGGCAGGGGCCGUCACCGUUCCUCCUGUCGAUGACGCGCAAUGUUCUCAUGGGGGUCGGCUGGGACGCCGAAGCUAUGGUCUUGAGCAGCAUCGUAGGGAGUGACAGCUCCCGCAUCACCUGCGAGUCAUACCUCAGGGGCAACCUGAACGAGGCCACCAAUGGCUCCUGCUCUAGGCGGGGCUGCUGCCAGGCCUCCUUCCCAGAAGCGGUUCCCUAUGACACAUUCUAUCUCGACGUCAAUGGGCCCCAUAACAACACUCUGUGGGAGACCAACCCAUGCUCCUACGCCAUGGUGGUGGAGAGUUCGUGGUACAACUUCUCUACGCCGGACUUGUACGGUGACGAGGUGCAGCGCAAGCUUUUCCCAAGGGGCGUGCCAUACGUGCUCGACUUCGCCAUCAGGAGUGGGUCAUGUCCGCCGGAUGGGCAGCCGGCUCCCGCCUGUGCCAGCGCCAACAGCCAUUGUGCAACCGCAACCCGUGGGCCUGGCUAUGUCUGCAAGUGCUUGGAGCACUAUGAGGGUAACCCUUACAUCGCCGGCGGAUGUAAAGACAUCAAUGAGUGUGAGCACCCUGAUUUGUAUCCUUGCUCUGGGACUUGCAUGAACAAGCCAGGAGGUUAUGACUGUCCAUGUAAAAGAUGGAAGAAAGGGGACGGGAAAGCAGGAACUUGUGCAGAAAAUUUCCCCCUGGUAGUAACGUUGGUUGUUGGUGCAAUAGGGGGGAUUUCUUGCAUUUCAAUUGUGACACUUGUUAUUCUUCUUCGCAAAGAGAAAAGAAAGAUGAGAGAAUUCUAUGAAAAGAAUGGAGGGCCUACUUUACAGAAGGCAAAACUCAUAAAACUUUUCAAGAAGGAGGAACUCAGACCAAUUCUAAAGAGUAGAAAUUUUAUUGGAAAAGGUGGCUUCAGUGAAGUUUACAAGGGUAGCCUUCUUGAUAUUGGGCUAGUUGCAGUGAAGAAGCCAAUCAGCGGUAGCGUGUUGGAGAAUAAACAAUUUGCAAAUGAAGUCAUCAUCCAAUCUCAAGUAAUCCACAAGAACAUAGUCAGGCUCAUAGGUUGUUGCCUAGAAGUUGAUAUUCCAAUGCUAGUAUAUGAGUUUCUUUCCAAAGGUAGCCUCGAUGACAUUCUUCACAAUAACAAUGAUGCACCUCUUGACUUGCACGUGCGUUUACGCAUUGCUGCUGACUCAGCAGAUGGUCUAGCUUAUAUGCACUCAAAAGCACAUACUAGAAUCUUACAUGGUGAUGUCAAACCAGCAAAUAUACUCUUGGAUGAUAACUUUGUGCCAAAGAUUUCAGAUUUUGGCAUAUCGAGGUUGAUUGUGAGAGAUAAACAACACACAAAUACAGUCAUUGGUGACAGGAGCUAUAUGGAUCCAGAGUACCUACGGUCGGGCCUAUUGACUGAAAAAAGUGAUGUCUACAGUUUUGGAGUCGUGAUACUAGAACUUAUUAGUAGGCAGAUAGCUACACAUUCUGAUGGUAAUAGAUUAGUAGAAAAUUUCCUGGAAGCCCACAACGAAAACAGAGCUGCUGUAUUUUUUGAUGAGGCGUUUACAAGGCCAUGUGAUUUGGACCUACUUAGUAGUCUUGCGGUGAUCGCUAUGAAAUGUCUUGAACAUGAUGUGGAUCAAAGGCCAUCAAUGAUAGAGGUAGCUCAGCGCAUUCUUACAAUUUAUCAUUCGCAUGUCACAUUAGUUCAGUGA